AUGGACCCCGUCAUCAUUACGCCGGAUGACGUAGCUGAGGCGAUCCGUAGGGCCCCGAACUGGAAAAGUCCGGGACUCGACGGACUGCAUCACUACUGGCUGAAGGGGUUCGUGGUGUGUCACGCUGUUCUCGCCCGACAGUUUCAAGAGGCUCUCGACCAAAAGUCGCUCCCGAGCCUCUUCACUACUGGGAUCACUCAUUUGGUUCCUAAAGACCGAGAUUCCACAGACCCUAGCAAAUACCGCCCCAUAACGUGUCUACCUACCUUAUACAAGACACUAACGUCCAUUUUGAGCGCGAGAAUCACUCGUCACCUGAACUCAAAUCAGGUGAUGUCGCGCGCUCAAAAUGGAUGUCGGGUCGGCGGUCGUGGAACCAAGGAACCACUCCUCAUUGACGCGGUCAUUGGCAAGGUGGUUAAACGCAACCGUCGGAACCUCUCCGCCGCCUGGAUAGACUACAAAAAGGCAUUCGACUCGGUGCCUCAUACAUGGCUGAAGAGGGUCCUCGAUCUGUACAAGGUUGACUGUACAGUUCGAGACUUCCUCGGGCAGUGUAUGGGGCAGUGGAGUACGAUCCUUUGUCAUCUAGGCGAGCGGAUGACGGCUGCGGAGAACCACAUAAGGAUAAGAAGGGGUAUCUUCCUGGGCGAUUGUCUGAGUCCAAUCUGGUUCUGCCUCUCUCUGAACCCUCUUAGUACCUUACUGGAGGGUUCCGGAAGGGGAUUUCAGCUUCGGUGA